AUGAAUAGGAGAUGUGCACUCCAGGUGUCUUUGACCAAUCUCCUCACCUUCCGCGGCAGUGUACGGAUCUUCUCACCUGGAGAAUUUCUGCGAUGGCUGAGACUCUCUACUGUUGUCUCGCGCAUAAUCUUCUUGAUCUUCGUUUCUGAAGGGCACUUCGACCAACCGGAUUAUGAGGAGGCUAGAGUGAUCUCGAAAGAUCGGCAAGCCAAAAGCCGAUGCCGAAUCGGGCAUCGUUUUUAUAUAAUUACAGGGAGAAGGAAGCCAUUGGCCGUACAGGAACAGAAAGUCGAGGAAGGACUUGGUGGUGCAGUCGCGACAGCGGGAAGUAGAGACAAAUGUGCCGAAAGUGAUGAAGGGCUAUCGCCGACGUUGUUGUACAUACGCCCGGCAGUCGUUCAACUCGCCAUUGCAUCGGACGACACUGUCGAGUUGCUGACAUACACUUCGGAAGACUCGGAUAAAUUGCGGAUAGCGUUGAAGGAGCAUUAUCUAGCAGAGAGCAGACGCUCAAUUGACGAUGGUCGAUAUCAAAGUCUGUGGUCGCGUUACCGACACCGGACUAACAAGAAGGCAGACAUAAGAAGCCAGGUGGACGAGCAGGCUGACUUUGCAGUUCAUAACCGUAAUCGAGGUGUGGAAUGA